UAACAGAUCCUCUGACGCGCCUGCCCUCUCAGAACGCUUGAGAGAGCGGAGCGUUAAAGCGCGCAGAGUUAUCUAUCACUGCCUUCCGGACAGUCCUGAGAGUCUUCACGGGCUGCACCUCAUAGCCUGAUAAACCCUACAAGGACGCGCCUUUCUGUUUAUUGGAGGUAUUUUAAGGAGCAAACGAAUGAUGUAUCUUUUUAAAAAUAUAUAUUUUGCUUUCGUUUUUUAAAUGAAACGAAGACGAGCCUGGAUUUCCAUCUGCGUUCUUUUACGGGAAGUACUCAUUUGACAGGGAAAAAAAUCGGAUUAACUGGAAAACUUCAGCUGGAUUUCUGUGGAUGGCAUUUUGACACUUUAGGCUAAUAAAAAAAGCUGGAGUGACCUGUUCUUUCACCAAACUACUAAAAGUGCAUCACAGAAGAUGAGGAACUAGGAAUUAGGACUCGCCACAAAUUGAUGUAGCCUCUUCCUGGGAUGCACUUCCACCUGUGUUGAGAGGCUGUUAAACCAUAGACAAUGCAACGCAUGAUUUUUACAUGAAGCUUCUGAUGUAAAGAGCAGCAGAUGACCAGUAAGGAAGCUGAACAAGAAAUCUGCAGUCAUCGGUUCUGUCAACUAUCUGCUAAAACUACCUACAGCCCUGUUCCAAGUUGAACUAACCCUUUCCACUCAGUUGUGAUCUAACGUACUCCUAAAGAAAGCUUGAUUUCACAGUGGAAGCAGGUUGUCUCUGACAUAAAGAGAUGAAACGAGAACGUUUUAAGCCCCCAGAACCAGAUGACCCUCUGUGCUGCUGUGGAGACAUCGACCAGCAAAGAGGGUACUGCUGCUGUGACUGUGAAGAACUUGAUGACGCCUGUGAAAGGUUACUCAGAGGAGAGCCGGACAAGCCAGACACCUUCUCUCGUUUCAUCUCUCGUAUGGCUGAUCGUUUGGGUUUGCCGUGUUGUGCCAUAGGACCCCUUCGAUUGGAAAUAUCUGUCUUGCCUCCGAUGGUAUUAAUUCCUGGCCUGUUGCGAGUGGCAGCAAUUAACUGUGUGUUGGGAGUUGUAGUCCUAACUGCCCUACCAGGACUGGUGCUUUGGUAUUACUAUGUGACUCACAGAAGGAAAAGACGCACAUUGUUUUUCCUUAGCUUGGCACUUUUCUCCCUUGCCUACAUGUACUACCUUUUCCUUACUGAGAUCGUUCCCAGAGGAGACGUCAGUAAUCUGCAGCUGGUUACUGCGACGACAGGCAUGAUGUUGACGCUUAUCUCCCUUGUGCGCACCAAACAAGGACCAGGCUUUGUCAAAUCCCAAUCAUUAGCUCAGGGAGUUAACAGUAUCUCUACAACCAAUCAGAGCACAAACAUACCUGGAGACUCUGCCCCCUGCAAUGGAAUCAGCCAGUCAAAUGGGGAAAAGGAAGGAAAGAAGAAGUUAUGUCCUGUUUGCCGAUUGGUGCGCCCACCAAGGGCAGGGCACUGCAGGAUCUGUGGAGCUUGUGUCCUUCGAAUGGACCACCAUUGUGUUUGGAUAAACAGCUGUGUAGGUCAAGCCAAUCACAGGCAGUUCAUCUUGACGCUCCUUCUCUUCCUGCUGACAUCGUUCUACGGGAUCAGUUUGGUGUUAAAGAGUAUAUGUCCAAGACAGAGUCUAUUCACAGCCAUUCUAUACUGCCCUGGAGUCUAUAAUCACUACAGCACAGCGCUGUGCUUUACAUGUGUGUGGUACAGCGUUAUCAUAACAGGUGGUCUGCUCCACCUGUUCAUCCUUCAGAUCAUCAAUGUCAGUUACAACGUAACGGAACGCGAAGCUCAGAUCGCUUUGCGCAACAAAACUGGUAGACGGCACUUCUGUGGCCUGGUUGUGGAGACUGGCGUCUAUUCACGAGGCUUCCUCCAGAACUGGAUUCAGUUCCUCACAAUGAACACGGAUGAGAACGGUUCCCCUUUCACCUUCACAGACAUGGUAUGAGUCAAGGGACUACAGAUGGUAUUUAAACUAUCAUGCGAUAUGUUCAACAACUAAGCAUCUGGUUAGGCCUAAAGAUUUAGUUGACACAUUUACCUUGUUUGCCCCGGUUGUAUUGUUAAGGCAAUCCGUUUAAACUGAUGAACAAACAUAUUAAAUACCUAUGUUUUUGGUAUUUUUUAAAAGAUUUUUAUUCCAGUGGUCGUCUCUGUACGGACAUAUUGAAUUGGGUUCAAUGUGAUAUAUGACCAC